AUGUCACGGAGAUACGAUUCCAGAACUACCAUCUUUUCCCCCGAAGGUCGACUCUACCAGGUUGAAUAUGCGUUAGAAGCCAUCUCGCAUGCCGGUACCGCCCUAGGAAUUCUGGCCAAAGAUGGAAUCGUCCUCGCAGCGGAGAAGAAGGUCACCAGCAAGCUACUGGAGCAGGACACAUCUGCGGAGAAGCUAUACACGCUGAACGACAACAUGAUCUGUGCUGUUGCUGGUAUGACGGCAGACGCAAACAUCCUUAUCAACUAUGCUCGACAAGCUGCCCAGCGGUAUCUUCUUACCUACAACGAAGAAAUUCCUUGCGAGCAACUUGUCCGUCGUCUGUGCGACUUGAAGCAAGGAUACACCCAGCAUGGUGGUCUCCGUCCCUUCGGUGUUUCGUUCAUCUAUGCCGGCUACGACCCUCUCCGGGAGUUCCAACUGUACCAGAGCAACCCCAGCGGUAACUACGGUGGCUGGAAAGCAACUAGCGUGGGAGCAAACAAUGCUAGUGCUCAGAGUCUGCUGAAGCAAGAUUACAAGGAGGACUGCGAUCUGAAGGAAGCUUGCGCUAUGGCCGUUAAGGUUCUUAGCAAGACGAUGGACUCGACCAAGCUGAGCAGUGAGAAGAGUAAGUCAUGA